ACACUGCUGUCAAAAAGACCGGCAACGCGCGGAAUAAUAUUGUUUUGCUUGUUUACUUUGUACUGGAAUAGGGACGGAGAAUAGAAGGUUUCGGAUUGCGUGUGAAAAAACAUCAAAAGCAUGGAUACGAAAGGAUCACCGGCAACGCAUACCAUCACGCUCCCAGAGCAAAUCAUCACCUUUGAACUAUCGUCCUACGAAUGGUCUCAGAAUCUGUUAUGCAUUGCGUUGAUGGACAAGCUUGUGCUUGGUAGCGUGCGCUUUCCGGAAGAAAACGAAAACGAAUCGUUCGAAUGGAAACAGUUGAAAGAAAUUCACCAUAAAAGUAGACCGCAUUCCGUAGCUUUUGCCCCGGAAACAUCGCUCGCCAUCGUACCGAAGAAGGUGGUGAUAGCGAGCGCCGGGUCGGAUUAUAAGGUCCAUAUCUUCCAGAGCGAUUUGGAUCAAAACGAUACUGUUCAACUGUUGGACGGACAUCGAUCAUACGUGAACCAUGUAAGCUGGGAUCCGGACGGUGAAUUCCUGGCAUCUUGCAGCGACGAUAACAGCUGUGUAUUGUGGAAGUGCAAGGAGGAUUACACUCAAGGCCCAAGUUUCUUCUUCGGUUCGGCCGUUCUGUCCGCUAAAUGGCAUCCAGAGGAAUCGGGCCAUCUUUUAAUUGCCGAAAAGUGUGGCGUAGUGCACCUGUACAAAGUGCAUUUGAAAACAUCGAUGCUGUCGGUCGAAACGGACAGUAAUCCGCUCAGCUAUGCCGACUGGAACCUAAGCAACUCGGCUUACGUCGUAGCCCUGGCAAGGGGUAAUGUUUUCUUCUGGGAUUUGAAAAAUUCCAGCUGGCCGAUUGAGAACAAACCGUUGCAUGAUGAUUGUGGGCAUAUUGUGAAAUUUUCUCCGCACUCAGAGAAUGUAGUGGCCAGUAUUGGCAAGCCGAACGCAACGCUGAAAGUAAUUCACAUGAAAAACAAGCUACCCCAGAUAGAGGCGAAACUGCAACUUUACGGUGGUCUUUGCUGGCAUUAUCAGUUGCCGUACGUUGUGGCAGCUUCUGAUAGAACGUUAUGCUUCUGGAAGGUGUUGAUUUAGUAUGAUGCAAUGGAAUCCUUUUAAAUUUCGCAAUCAUUUCAAAGCAUUUUCCAAUAGUUCUAAAAACUCUUGAAUUGUACUAAAACUACCUUGUCUGUAUAGACCUUGUGUACGGACUGGUUGCUGUCAACGGAACGAAUAAUAAAUAAAUGUCAAUAAACAGCACGCGUCCAGAAUUUUGCUGCUGCGAUUCCAAAACAAUCCGACGAAGUUGUAGAUACCCCGUGCAAUUUGUUGCAUUUAUUCUAUUGCGCUUGUAGCCGGCUGUCCCAGUGCUAUAACCCAUUGUAACAAUGUUUCUGCGUAGGAUUUUAGCGGCCGGUUUGCCGCGGUCGAUGUCCACUGCUUCGAUGCCCGAGCAGGUGGUAGCGGUGGAUAAAGCUUCCGACGUGCUAAAUCAUCCUGACUACUUUGACGUGCAUAAGCUUUUCACGGUCGAAGAUCUGUUCCGUGCUAGGGUUCACCUAGGCCACAAGGAGGGAACGCUGAAUGACAGCAUGAAAGGUUACUUGUACGGCAGCCGUUUGGGCCAUUGCAUUAUCGAUCUGGAUAAAACGGUAGAAUAUCUACGCACUGCCUUAAACGUCGCUGCUCACAUCGCAUACCGCGAUGGAAUUAUUUUAUUCUUCAAUCGCAACGCACUCAACGCCCACAAAGUAGAACAAACAGCCAAAGAGUGCGGCGAAUUUGCGCACACACGUUAUUGGCGAGGCGGUGUGUUCACGAAUGCAAAAGUUCAGUUCGGCGCCGUGACGCGUCUCCCGGAUUUGUGCAUAUUUCUAAACACCAUGAACAACGUCCUCGACAUGCACACGGCAGUGCGUGACGCAGCCAAGAUGAAUAUUCCAACGAUCGGCAUCGUUGAUACGAACUGCAAUCCAAACCUUAUCACCUAUCCCGUACCCGGCAAUGACGAUAGUCCGGCCGCGAUCGAGUUGUAUUGCAAACUGUUCAAAAAGGCCAUUCUUCUGGGAAAGGAAAAACGGAAGGCGCAUGAGGCAAACGGAGCUCAGUGAAGAUAUUUGAACAACGCAUGUUACUAACCAAUUAAGUAGAUUAAAAUGCUAGGUCCCGAA